AUGGUUGUGAUUCCCGCUUCUUUUCUGGAUACUAUCAUUGACACACGGGGUGUCGUCACACUUUUUUCCUUCGACAAAUCUUUCUUUUUUUCCUUCGUCGAAUCUUUCUUUUUUCCUUCAUCAUAUCUUUCUUUUUUCUUUCGUCAUAUCUUUCUUUUUUCCUCCGCCAUAUCUUUCUUUUUCCCUUUAUCAUAUCUUUUUUUUCUUUCAUCAUAUCUUUUUCCUUCGUCAUAUCUUUCUUCUUUCUUUCGUCACAUCUUCCUUUUUUCCUACGUCAUAUCUUUCUUUUUUCCUUCUUACUUUUCUUUCUUUUUUCUUUCUUUUUUCUUUCUUCCUGUCUUUUUUGCCAUCAUCAAAACCUUCUAUUUUUCAUUCUUCUUAUUUUUUUAUCAAAUCUUCAUCUCUUUCUCUUUUCGUCAAACUGGCUUUUUUCUUUCUUCAUAUCUUUUUUUUCUUAUUUUACUUAUUCUUUCUUUUCUUUCGUUUGUCUGUAUUUUUUUCUUCAUGCCUUUUUUUCUUUUCAUAUAUUUCUUUUUCUUCAUAUUUUCCCUUCUUCCAAUAUUAUUGAUUAUUUUCUUCUUGCCUUUCAUUUUCUUUUAUUUCGCAUUAGUUAUGUCUUUCCUCUUAAAAGCCUCUCAGACUUGA